AUGAGCAACUCCAGUCGCAAAGCAUCACGUCCUGCACAUCAUGCAAACAGCUCUGCGACAGCAUUCGUCAACCCGUGGCCAUCAGCUUCAGCUCCGACAUGGGGAGAGUUGGCCCAGUCCUCGUUUCCAUUAGGGCUGUACAAGGACGAACAUCUCCGACAUGAGAAGGCGCGGGAGCUGAAAGUUGUCAAACCAGACUGGGGAACGGCCAGCCUGAAAGACAGAAACAUUGACAAAGCCACAUCGGUCAUUGGUACUUGGUUGGGUCAUGCAAGUGCCCUCGUCGAGAUACCGCCCAUCGACAAUAUCGAACAAAAGAGCCUAUGGCUCCUCUUUGAUCCUGUCUUCUCCAUGAGGGCAGGGCCAACAGUGAACAGUGGAGUCGCACGAUUCAAGACGGCUCCUUGCCAAGUCGAGGAUCUGCCUGGCUGUGAUGCCGUCUUUAUCUCCCACAAUCACUACGACCACCUCGAUGCGCCGUCUAUUAGAGCAAUCGAACAGAAAUUCCCUCAAGCCAAGUACUUUGUCAGUCUGGGUAUCAAGCAAUGGAUGUCUUCUAUGGGAGUGCCAGUGGAACAGAUCUGGGAAAUGGACUGGUGGGAGAACCGGGAGUACUGCCCCGAAGACUUUGGCAUCGACACACGGCCAGCCUCCACCAACCAAAUAAACUUCAAAUUCUCCUGCGUGCCUGCGCAACACAAUUCCGCACGAAGUCCCAUCGAUCAAGGCCGAACACUGUGGUGUGGCUGGGUAGUGGAACGCUUCAUACGGACACAAGACGAAUCAAGUGCAUCUAAAGCGACGAGAAAAGGCUUGAUCUAUCAUGCUGGGGACACCGGGUAUAGGAGAACAUCUAGAUCUGAUGUUGUCUGUCCCGUCUUCCAAGAGAUCGGGAAGAGGUUCGGAGCUUUCGAUUUAUCCUUCAUCCCAAUAUGGCGGGGUGGUACGCUUGGAUUCUUUUCUUCCUGGGGACUACGACUGUCACAUCAGGAUUUCCCUGCGGCUCACCAUGCGUCUCCAGCAGAUGCGAUUGCGAUCCAUCUCGACGUGAGGUCGCGGAACACGAUUGGAAUCCACUUUGGUACGUUCGUUGGUUCCGAAAACGAAUCUUAUGAAGCUAUGAUAGAGUUCGCCCAGGCUUGUGAUCGGCAUUCUGUCGCAAGUCUGGACAGCAUGGGAGAUGACGAGUACGGUCGUGCCGGACUCCUGGACAUUGGUGACAGCCUGGCCGUACCGACCCUGUGA